ACCCAGCAUUGCCAAAUUUCAAUUUCGUCGAAACGGAAUUCUUUUCAUGCAAAGCGAAUUUUCUCUUCUUGCCACACUCUCGGUGCCACUGGACCCUCGUUCUCACUCCACCCACUCUUGGCCUUCGCUUCAUUCUGCGUCCGAGCCGCGCAGAGAGAGAAACCAGGGAAUCAGAUAUUUCCGUCCCUGCUCCUGGAACCUAAAAUUACUUUGGAACUCUGAAAUUGAUGGAGGAAGAUCCUUCUUCAACUAUUUUAGAUGCUGAAGUUGUCGGGAUCAGAUUUAGUCUGGCUACAUGUCAUGAAAUUUGUACAGCAUCCAUCAAUGACUCUUCAAUUAGCCAUGCUAGUCAGCUGUCAAAUCCAUUUCUUGGGUUACCCCUUGAAUUUGGAAGAUGUGAAUCUUGUGGAACUUCUGAAGCUGGAAAAUGUGAAGGUCACUUUGGAUAUAUUAAGCUACCAGUUCCAAUAUACCAUCCAAGUCAUAUUAGUGAAUUGAAGAAGAUGCUGAGCUUGUUGUGCUUAAACUGCUUGAAAAUGAAAACAUACAAGAAUCCAGUGGCAAGCAAUGGUUUAGCGCAGAAGUUUUUGGCAAAAUGUUGUGGGAAUCCUAAUGCUUCACAAGUUACUAUUCGGGAGGUUAAAACAACAGACGGUGCUUGUUACUUGGAAUUGAAGGUGUCUAAGUCAAAAAUGUGUCCUGGCUUUUGGGGAUUUUUGGAAAAAUAUGGCUAUCGCUAUGAAAGCAACAAUACUCGAGCUUUGCUUCCUUAUGAGGUCAUGGAAAUUAUCAAAAGAAUACCUCCAGAGACCAGAAAAAAACUUGUUGGAAAAGGCUAUUUCCCCCAAGAAGGAUAUGUCUUGAAGUAUCUUCCAGUACCCCCAAACUGUUUGUCUGUGCCAGAAGUUUCAGAUGGUAUGAGUGUCCUAUCUUCGGAUCCUUCCAUGACAGUGCUAAGAAAAAUGCUUAGGAAGGCAGAAAUUAUAACGAAUUCGAGAUCUGGCAAUCCGAACUUUGAGUCUCAUCAAGUGGAAGCAGCUGACUUGCAGUCAAUUGUUUCUCAGUAUCUUCAAGUUAGGGGUACUUCUAAGGCAGCACGUGAUAUUGAGACACAUUACGGGGUCAAUAAAGAACUCAAUGAAUCUACAACAAAAGCAUGGAUGGAGAAGAUGAGAACUUUGUUCAUCAGAAAGGGUUCUGGAUUUUCUUCAAGGAGUGUGAUAACUGGGGAAUCUUACAAAAAGAUAAGUGAAAUUGGAAUUCCCCUUGAAGUUGCCCAAAGGAUAACAUUUGAGGAAAGGGUUAACUCUCAUAACAUAAAUUAUUUACAGGAACUGGUGGAUCAAAAUUUGUGUCUAACCUACAGAGAAGGCUUGUCAACCUAUUCGCUUAGGGAGAGUUCAAAGGGGCAUAUAUAUCUUAAACCUGGUCAGAUAGUUCAUCGAAGGAUAAUGGAUGGUGAUAUUGUCUUUAUUAACAGGCCCCCUACGACACACAAGCACUCACUUCAAGCGCUUUCAGUAUAUAUCCAUGAUGACCACACUGUGAAGAUAAAUCCCCUUAUUUGUGGACCUCUGGGUGCUGAUUUUGAUGGUGACUGUAUACACUUGUUUUAUCCUCAGUCAUUGGCUGCCAAAGCAGAGGUCUUGGAGCUUUUCUCUCUGGAAAAACAGCUGCUCAGUUCUCACAGUGGAAAUCUUAAUUUGCAGCUUACUAGUGAUUCACUAUUGUCACUGAAAAUGUUGUUUAAGAGAUACUUUUUGGCUAAAAUGGAAACUCAUCAGUUAGCCAUGUUCAUCUCACCAUCAUUGCCAAAACCUGCUCUUGUAAAAGCCUAUUCUGAAGGUCCUUAUUGGACUGCUGUGCAAAUGUUGCAAUCUGUGCUGCCAUCUAGUUUUGACUGCACUGGGGACAAGUACUUGAUUUCUCAAAGCGAAAUCUUGAGGUUUGAUUUUAGUAGAGAUAUUCUUUCUACAAUGAUAAAUGAAAUUGCAGCCUCAAUUUUCUUUGGAAAGGGUCCUGGGGAGGUAAUGAGAUUCUUCAAUGUUUUACAACCAUUUUUGAUGGAAAGUUUAUUUGUGGAAGGGUUUAGUGUUAGUUUGAAAGACUUUUUCAUGUAUGGGGAAGCCAUGAGAAGCAUUAAAAGGAGCAUUGGUACACAAGACAUUUUGCUGAAACAAUUAAGGUCAAUUUACAAUGAAUUGGUGCAACAGCAAUUGGAGAAGUAUAUUCAAGAUGUGAAGCAACCAAUUAUUAAUUUUAUUUUGAAGUCAGGUCUUGGUGAUUUGAUUGACUCAAAGAGUGAGUCUGCUAUUGAUAAGUUGGUUCAGCAGAUUGGAUUCUUAGGCAUGCAGCUUUCAGAUAGGGGGAAAUUUUAUUCAAAGACAUUGGUUGAGGACGUGGCCUCACAUUUCAAUGGUAAAUAUUAUGAUAGGAUUGAUUAUCCCUCUGCAGAGUUUGGAUUACUCAAGGGAUGCUUUCUGCAUGGCUUAGACCCAUAUGAAGAGAUGGUGCAUUCUAUCUCAACUAGAGAGAUACUUGUGCGCUCUUCUAGAGGGCUAUCUGAACCAGGAACAUUGUUUAAGAAUUUGAUGGCCAUCCUCCGGGAUGUUGUUAUUUGCUAUGAUGGCACUGUGAGAAAUGUUUGUAGCAAUUCUGUCAUUCAAUUUGAAUAUGGAGUAAAAGCUGGAGAUAAGUCCCAACUUUUAUUCCCUCCUGGCGAGCCAGUAGGUGUCUUAGCUGCAACUGCCAUGUCAAAUCCUGCUUACAAGGCAGUCCUUGAUGCUAGUCCUAACAGUAACUCUUCGUGGGAAUUGAUGAAGGAAAUAUUGGUUUGCAAGGUAAGUUUUAAGAAUGAGCCAAUUGAUCGGCGUGUAAUUUUGUACUUGAAUGAUUGUGGUUGUGGAAAGUUGUAUUGCCGAGAAAAUGCAGCUUAUCUGGUUAAAAAUCAAUUGAGAAAAGUCAGUCUUAAAGAGGUGGCAGAUGAGGUUGUGAUUGAAUACCAAAGUCAGAGAACUUGCAACGAGAGUCCUGAGACUGAUGCAGGCCUUGUUGGUCAUAUUUUUCUCAAUAAGAUGAUGUUGGAGGAGAAGAAGAUCAAUAUGGCUGAGGUGGUCCAAAGAUGCCAAGAAACUCUCAAGCCAUAUUAUAAGAAGAAGAAACUUGGUCAUAUUUUUAAGAAGACAGAACUAUUUUUCAGCAGUGAGUCUUCUGCACCAUGCGUGUCAUUUAUUUGGCGAGAUGGAGAUGCUAUUGAUGAUUUAGAGAAAACUGUGUACAUUUUGGCUGAGGUUAUUUGCCCUGUUCUUUUAGAAACAAUAAUCAAAGGAGAUGCCUGCAUUAGCUCCGCAAGCAUUAUCUGGGUUAAUUCGGAUUCAAAUAUGUGGGUGCAUAACCCCAGCAAAUCUCCAAAAGGCGAACUGGCAUUGGACAUCAUUCUUGAGAAGAAGGCUGUAAAGCAAAAUGGUGAUGCAUGGAGGAUUGUACUUGACUCAUGCCUUCCUGUCCUUCAUUUAAUUGAUACCACACGUUCGAUUCCAUAUGCAAUUAAGCAAGUUGAGGAAUUGUUGGGGAUUUCAUGUGUUUUUGAUCAAGUGAUUCGGCGUCUUGCAUUAUCUGUAAAAAUGGUUGCAAAAGGUGUUCUCAGGGAGCAUCUGCUUCUCUUGGCAAGUAGCAUGACCUGUGGUGGGAGUUUAGUUGGAUUCAACACAGGCGGCUACAAGGCUCUGGGUAAACAGUUAAAGAUUCAAAUUCCAUUUACUGAUGCAACACUAUUUACACCUAAAAAAUGUUUUGAGCGGGCUGCUGAGAAAUGUCACACAGAUGCCUUAUCAAGCAUUGUUGCAUCCUGUUCCUGGGGUAAACGUGUAGCUGUUGGCACAGGAUCUAGAUUUGAAGUCCUAUGGGAUGCAAAAGAGGUAAAAUCUAAUGAUAUUGGUUUGGAUGUAUACAACUUUUUGCAUAUGAUGAGAAGUACUGCACAAGAUGAAGUAAACAAUAACGGAUGUUUGGGAGAGGAUGUUGAUGAUAUGUUUGUGGAGGAUUGGGAAUUGUCACCAGAGCAUGCCUCUGGUACAGAUGCCGUGUUUGAAACGUAUGAGGGUGGGUCUGAAAGACCACAAGAGGAUUCUUGGAGCGCUGGUAAGUGGGGAGAAAAACCAAAUGAUGAUGAUCCUGCAGCAAGGAAGACAAAUGGUUGGUCAUCUUGGACAAAAAGUAAACCCGAAACAGGAGAUGUUGGAUCGGAUAGAGCAGAAGAUGAUUCUUGGAACUCUAGUAAGUGGACAGAGAAACCAAAUAAUGAUGAUUCUGUGACAAGAAAGUCUGGUGGCUGGUCAUCUUGGAUGAAAAAUAAACCAGAAACAGGAGGCAUUGGUUCUGAAAGAGCAGAAGAUUCUGGGAGCUUUGGUAAGUUGACUGCAAAACCUAAUGAUGAUGAUUCCACAGUAGUAAAGUCAAGUGGUUGGUCUUCUCGGGCUAAAAAUAAACCUGAAACAGGAAAUAUUGGUUGUGAAAGGGCAGAAGAUGAUUCUUUGAGCUUUGGUAACUGGACAGCAAAACAAGAUGAUGAUUCUACAGUUAAGUCAAGUGGUUGGUUGACUGGGGCCAAAAAUAAACCUGAAACAGGUUCUAAAAGAGUGAAUGAUGAUUCUUGGAGCUCUGGCAAGCAGGAAGCAAAGCUAAAUGAUGACUCUACAGUAAGAAAGCCAGGUGGUUGGUCAUCUUGGACAGAAAAUAUACCUGAAAAAGGAGACAUUGGUUCUGGAAAAGCAGAUGAUUCUUGGGGCUUUGGUAAGCAGACUGCAAAGUCAAAUGAUGAUGAUUCUACAUUAAGGAAGACGAGUGGUUGGUCAUCUUGGACAAACAAACCAGAAGCAGGAGACAUUGGCUCUCUCGAAAAAGCAGAAAAUGACUCUUGGAACUCUGGUAAAUGGAAAGCAAAACCAAGUCAUGAAGAUUCUAUAGCAGGAAAGUCUAGCAGUUGGUCAUCUGGGACUAAAAAUAAACCUGAAACAGGAGACAUUGGUCCUCCUGAAAGAGCAGAAGAUGACUCUUGGAACUCUAGUAAAUGGAAAGCAAAACCAAGUCAUGAUGAUUCUAUAGCAGGAAAGUCAGGUGGUUGGUCAUCUGGGACAAAAAAUAAACCUGAAACAGUAGAUAUCGGUUCUGAAAGGGUAGAAAAUGAUUCUUGGAGCUCUGGUAAGUGGUCAGCAAAGCCAAAAGAUGAUGAUUCUACAGUAACAAAGUCAAGUGACUGGUCAUCUUGGUCAAAAAAUAAAUCUGAAACUAGAGUCAUUGGUUCUGAAAGGGCAGAAGAUGAUUCUCGGAGCUCUGAUAAGUGGACAGCGAAGCCAAAUGAUGAUGAUUCUACAGUAAACAAGUCAAGUGGAUGGUCAUCUUGGACAAAAAGUAAACCCGAAGCAGGAGACAUUGGUUCUGAAAGAGCAAAAGAUGAUUCUUGGGGCAAGAAUGAUGGCCAUGCUUCACUUGACCAAGAUAACAAUUGCUCUUGGGGAAGAUCCAAGUCCCCAUCAAGCCAGGGUUGGGGUGGAAGUUCUCGUGGAUGGGAUUCCCAAAAUGCUACAGCUAACGAUAGUGACAGAGAUCAAUGGGGAAAGCAGAGUAGGGAAUUGUUCAAGAAAAAUCCUUCUGAUGGGUCACAAGGUUGGGGUUCCCAUGCUGGAGAACGGAAAAACAGGACUCGCCCUCCCAGAACACCCGGGGCAAAUCGUGAGACCAAUGUAGGUGGACUAUAUACGGCAACCAGACAGAGAUUGGAUAUGUUCACUUCUGAGGAACAGGAUAUUCUCAAAGAUAUUGAACCAAUCAUGCAGAACAUUAGACGGAUAAUGCAACAAACUGGGUACAAUGAUGGGGACCCUCUAGCAGCUGAUGAUCAAACUUUUGUGAUUGAGAAUGUCUUUGAACACCAUCCAGAUAAAGCAGCCAAAAUGGGUGCAGGGAUUGAUCAUGUGAUGGAUCUCUCAUCGGGGAGGAUGAUUGGCAAUGCUGAGGAGUGUGAUGGGCUCUACUACUUUGAUGAAUCAACCGUUAGCAGGCACAGCAAUUUCCAAGACAGCAGGUGCUUCUAUUUGGUACUGAAAGAUGGUCAGAAGCAAGAUUUUUCAUACCGGAAGUGUCUGGAUAACUUUUUGAAGACAAAAUACCCGGAGUUGGCUGAAGAAUUUGUUGGCAAAUAUUUCAGAAAAAGGAGGGAACAACAGAACCCAGCUCCAACAAACGAUGAAAAAGCCUAGUAAUAUUCUGUUGUCGUCAGGAUCAAUUUGUACAUAUGACACUUCAUUCAUGACAUACUGAUGUGAAACGCACAGUUGAGGCAGCAAUGGUAGCUUGGUUUGACCCUUUUUCAGGAAACGUGUGGUUUCAUGAAGUUUUCUGACCCUUAGGUUGGUUUGACCCUUGUGGGACACGUUUGGUUGACUGUCUCAACUGUUUUAUGUGUUGAUACUGUUAUGUAAAUGGUAGCUUCAUUCUCUUCAGAAAACUCUA